AUGACCAGUUUAAAUCAGUUUGGCUUUGGGAAAAAAUUAUCAAACCCUCGAAAGAGAACAAAGUAUACGUACACAUUUCAGGAACAAACAAUAUGUAGAAAGGCAUUUGAGUUUAUAUAUGAUGUCAAAGAAUAUACGUUAGACAGCCUUCAAAAACAUUUGCAAUCUCAAGGCAUUACUCCUCGUGUCCAUGGUAACAAGGGAAGAAAAGCCCCAAAUGCUUUCAAGUUUGAAGAAGUCAAAAAUGCGGUGCAGUACUUGAUAAACUAUGCGAGUCAACACGGAAUACCCCAGCCAGCAGGAACCAGAGGAAGGGACACAGAACCUACUAUCUUUUUACCAUGUUCAGAUACCAAAGAUGCUUUACACAAGCGGUAUGUUGAAAGCUGUGCCCAAUCCAACAUUCGGGCGCUAGGAUUAUCUACAUUUAAAGAUGUAUGGUUGAGAUGUAUACCUCAUAUUAAGAUCAGUACACCACGAACCGACGUUUGUCACAUAUGUGAGAGACACAGAAAUGCCAUUCGGUUAGCCGUUGGUGACGUUGAAAAGCUCAGGUGUACCACUGCAUUCCAAGAUCACCUUCAACGAGCUGCCAAGGAAAAACAAGCUUAUCAGCAAGCUGUAAUGGAAUCGAUGACAGAGAUUGAAAAUGUCAGACGAGGUUAUGGUCCUUCAAUUCCUUGCUCUUCCCCUUACACUAAGGUCCAUUACACCUUUGAUUUUUCCCAGCAGAUGUUUAUUCCUCAUCAUGCAAGACAAAUGGGACCCCUCUAUUUUCUCGUUCCACGCAAAGUACAGUUAUUUGGGGUGAGGGUGGAUGGAGUACCAAGACAAUACAAUUACCUCAUUAAUGAGAAUGAAACCAUAGGUGAAAAUGGCUCUAAAACCCAUGGUCCCAAUGCAGUGAUCUCUAUGCUGCAUCACGCUCUGCUAAAUUUUGGAUUUGGUGAAAUCAACUGUGUUAUCCAUGCUGAUAAUUGUGCAGGACAAAACAAGAAUCGCUAUGUGCUAGCGUACUUUUGCUGGAGAGUUCUCCUGGGACUUCAUCAGCAAAUUACUUUCAUGAUGCAAAUUCCAGGUCACGCAAGAUGUCUAGUCGAUUCAAGUUUCGCACACAUCAAGCGUCUGUAUAGACGGACAGAUUGCAACAGUAUUGCAGAUUUACGUAAUAUUGUGGACAAAUCUUGCUAUUCCAACAAUGCCGUUCUUUUUGAGGAGGAGGAAACAUGGAUGUGGUUAGAUUGGAUGGAAUUCUUUUCAUCAACGUUCUCUCCUCUGAAAGGACUUCGGGAUUAUCAACACUUUAGAUUUACCCAAGACAGGCCCGGAUUCGUGCUUUGCAGAAAAUCAAAUGUCGACGAAGAGAUUCCUUUCAAACUCUUGAAAUGCGAUCCUGAAUUCUUUGAUACAAAUGCUCGUCCCAGGACAAUCCUACCUGGUGGUUUAACAAGAGAGAGGCAGAAGUAUUUGUAUCAAAGAAUCCGUCCAUUUGUUCAGGAUCCGUGGAAAGACACGACCUGUCCUCCUGUUGAUAUUGAGGAGUAG